AGGCGCGCUGGGGCUGCCCCGACCUCGCCGUCUGGGAGGGCGACCGGCUGCUCGCCGACACCGCGGGCCGUUUCCUGGACGACUUCGCGCGGCAGAACACGGCCGAGCUGCCGGGCAUCCGUGUCCAGGAGCACAUGGUCGUGGUCCACCACACGCCGGCCGAGCGGGCCCUGUACCUCGGCCAGGUGCACGACGCGCCAGACCUGGGUAGCCCCGAGGCGUUCAAGACCGAGGAGAGCGUGCGGUCGCUCGAGCGCUUGCUGAAGUUGUGCUCCCACUUCCAGGCGACAGGCGACAAGACAGGCAACGCCUUGGAGGAGUGCGACAGGAUCGAGGAGCAGAAGGAGCGCCGGGUCGUGCGGGCCAGGAACCAGCUGAAGCGGUGCCACCGCGUCAUCGUGCUGCUGCGCGCGCGACACGCCGAGUUGGCGGGGCGGGAGGCGGUGGAGCAGCGCACCAGCUGGAGGCCUCGGGCCCCUCCCGCGUGCUGCAGGGCGGAGCUGGACCAGACCCGGAGCCGCCUGUCCGCGGAGGCGGACGGGGGCGUCAAGGCCGUGAAGGC